AUGACUCCCCCGUCCACACUUGCCCUUCACCAGAGUUCCCUGACCAUCUACCUUGCUGGUAAAUCACCCUCAAGACCCCCUCCCAAAAGUCUCUUAAAUCUCUUCCCUCCACUCCAUCCUCACGGCUGUCCUAAGCCAGGCAGCCAACCUUUCUCAUCCUGCAGCAGCCUCCCAGGUGGUCUCCAACCGCGGGAUGAAUCCCGCCACCCCCACAUUAACUCUUUCGAUGGGCUCCCACUGAAAGUAAAUCCCAAGUUGGCAGCGUGGGCUCUGAGGCCCCUUGGUUUGCCUGUGUGGCUUGUCAUCAUGUCCACUCUCCUGCAGCUCCUGAAGCUCAGCCGCACUAGACGGAGGUCCUCGGCUCCCCACACCAGCUACACUCAGACCUGGCCCGCCGCCUUCCCCAGCCCAGCCUCUUCAGGCCCCAGGUCUUGCCUCUAA